CUGCCCACCUUCACCCAUCAAUGGACGCCAACAUGUAUAUUCCCCUCCCAGAAGAGCUCGAAUGGCUGGAAGCCAAUUCUCACCUCCACCAAGACCUCGAAGACUACGAAGACCAAGAACCCCCAGAACCCUACCCUGAAGAAGAAGAAGAACAGCUCCCUGAACCUCCUUCACCACUCUCACAACCUCAAGUCAAUGGCCAGAAACGCCCCCUAUCCGACGGACCAGAUGCCCCCGAUUCUGGAAAGCGUAGCAAAGCUGAUCUGUCUGAGACCGGAGCUGAGGAAGAUUGGCUGCGGUACUCGCUGCCGCAGGACAGUGACGGUGAUUUAGAGCCUAUGGUUGUUGAUGAGGAGAGAAUCGUUUCGCGAUACGCGUCAGAGAUUGACGGUGAUUGUAUUCCGGUGACUGGACCAGGUGGCGACAGGGUUUACUUGAAGAUUAGCGCGACUGGGAGCGACGGGAGGUUGAAGAAACUUGAUUUAGAGGGACGCACCAAGGGUCUUAUUUUGGAACCCAUUAGUGUUCUAAUGCAAAGAGUGGAACAAGAUGCUUUCACAAAGGCUUUGCAAGCAAGUUCUGAAUUGCAGAAUGAUGCAAUCCUCCCUGAAACACAAGUGGUCAAUGAACAGCUUUGGGUGGAUAAAUAUUCUCCAAGUUCAUUUACAGAGCUUCUCAGUGAUGAACAGACAAAUCGUGAGGUCCUCUUGUGGUUGAAACAGUGGGAUUCCUGUGUUUUUGGAUCUGAAAUUAGGAGCACGACGGAGGAGGUCUUGUCUGCUUUGAGACGACAUUCUUCCAUUGCUCAACAUCAAAGGCCCUCUGGUAUGAGCCUUCAUAGGAAGAAUAAAGGACAGCGAUUGAGUGAUGGAAACUCCAGAUACUCUAAUAAUUUGGAUCAAGAAAAUGGGAAUUUGAAAGGCCUUCAGGAGUUGUGGAAUAAAAAGUCAAGGGGUACUGGUCCUCCAGAACAAAAGAUCCUCUUGCUUUGUGGUCCCCCAGGACUUGGGAAGACAACACUUGCACAUGUCGCUGCUAAGCAUUGUGGAUACCGUGUGGUGGAGAUAAAUGCUAGUGAUGAUCGGUCAUCUUCAACAAUUGAAGCUAAAAUCCUUGAUGUGGUCCAGAUGAACUCUGUCAUGGCAGAUUCGAAGCCCAAUUGUUUGGUGAUUGAUGAAAUAGAUGGAGCUCUUAGUGAUGGCAAGGGUGCUGUGGAGGUUAUUCUAAAAAUGGUUUCUACUGAAAGGAAAGCUGAUAAUAGGAAGGGAAAUGUUGCUAAAGUAGAUGAGUCAGGACAGAUAUCCUCAAAAAAGGGGCAUAAAACUGCAUCAUUGUCAAGACCUGUGAUUUGCAUAUGUAAUGAUCUAUAUGCACCUGCCCUGAGGCCUUUGCGUCAGGUAGCAAAGGUUCACAUUUUUGUUCAACCGACAGUGAGUCGUGUGGUAAGCAGACUCAAAUAUAUAUGUAAUAUGGAAGGCCUAAAGACAAAUUCCACGGCACUUGCUGCACUUGCAGAGUAUACUGAAUGUGACAUCCGUUCGUGCUUGAACACACUACAGUUUCUCAACAAGAAGAAUCAAACCCUCAAUGUGUUUGAGAUCAGUUCCCAAGUGGUAGGUCAAAAGGACAUGUCUAGAAGCAUCUUUGAUAUCUGGAAAGAGAUUUUUCAGGACAGAAAAAUGAAGCGAGCAAAAAGAUCUGAUAAUUGCUGCAGUGGUAUGUCCAAUGGAUUUGACUUUCUGUACCCUCUCAUAUCUAAUCGUGGUGACUAUGAUUUAAUUUUGGAUGGCAUCCAUGAAAAUAUUUUCCAGCUUCAUUAUCAUGACCCAAUAAUGCAGAAGACAGUCAAGUGCUUAAACACUCUUGGCAUUUCUGAUCUAGUGCACCAAUAUGUUAUGCGUACACAGCAGAUGUCCCUUAAUGUUUAUCAGCCUCUUACUGCAAUUAGUUUACAUCGUUUAAUAGCCCAAGUUCAAAAACCAAUUAUUGAAUGGCCGAAGUCUUUUAUGAGAUACCGAACGACAUUCAUGGAAAAGAGGGAUAUUUUGAGGUCUUGGCACAACAAAAUUGCACCAUAUAUUUCAAGGCAUUUGUCUAUUAAAUCUUUUGUAGAAGAUUCGGUUUCUCCAUUAUUGCAUAUUCUAUCACCACCAACUCUAAGACCGGUGGCAUUGCACUUACUAUCAGAAAGAGAAAGGAAUGACCUAGCUCAGUUAAUUAAUGCUAUGGUGUCCUUUUCAAUAACAUACAAGAACAUGAAAUCUGAUCCUCUACCUGGUACCCAGCUACAUGAAGCAGCUUCAGAUGGCUUGUCACUUUCCUUUGAUCCCCCAAUUGCUGACUUCGUCACCUUCAAGGGAUUUAGUUUGGGUCAUUAUGCUCUUGGUGUAGCUGUCAAACAGCUUUUGAUGCAUGAGAUAGAAAAGAAAAAAAUUUUGCAAGGAAGCAUGAGCAAAACUAUGCAUUCAACUGAUGGAAAACGCAGAGAGAACUGGGCAAUGACAACAGAGGAAAAGAGCCGAGCUCAAUCUGGCAAUGUUAGUCAUGCAGCUGGAUGUGCUGAGAACAACAUAGAAACAGCAAAGAGUAAGGCCAGUACUUCCAUCGUUUCGUCAGCCUCUGGUUCUUGUGGAAGUGCAGAAGCCAGUGUAAAACUAAAAUCUUCUAGAGAUGUGAAGAAGCCUCCUAGGGGCUCUACUUUCUUUGAUAGGUUCAAAAAGUUGAGCAGCAAAGGUUCUCAAACUACUAACCUCAUCCAAGAGCCAGUAACACUGGAGAGAGAUUCACGUCCUCUGCUAUUUAAGUUUAACGAGGGUUUUACAAAUGCAGUUAAAAGGCCAGUUCAGAUUCGUGAAUUUUUGCUAUAACUACUGGGAUCAUAAUUAUUGUAAGCACUAAAAUGGUGCCUUUUCUUUUCUUUUGUUUGUCACAUAUAAGAUGUAGAUCUGUGCUCUUUUGCUUAACCCCCAAUUCCAAAGACAUAUAAGUUAUCUCAUGGGACGCUGCUUGACGACAAUCUAUACGUUUGUUUUUUUUUUUUUUUUGGUUUUAAAAGAGAGGACAGCAAUGAUACGCCUUUUAAUCCCUUUUGAGUAGUUGAAUUUUCUGGAUCUUUUCAUUCUUUACCAUACAAGAGUACAACAUUUUUCCUUUUUUUCUGGUGUGUCAGGAAGACAAGAUGCGGCAGGAACACUACUUAAACUGAGUUCUACAUUUGGCUUAUAUUAUAUUGAAUCUGCGUCA